AGAAGAUACCAAAUCAGCUCAGUAUCGGUGUUCAGAAUCCUCAGACUAUAAUAAUGGAGAAUUGGAAAAAAGAUUAGAACAAAUUGAAGCUUAUUUAGCCAAAUUUACCAGAAAAGAUACCAAAGGUGCCAAAAUACCUCAGUGUCAAUGCUCAGAGUCCUCACCUUUUGGAGAAUUGGAAAAAGAUUAG